AUGUUAAGCUUUAGGAAACUCAGUUUCAAGCGUGGGGAACUGUACCUAAACAAAGUUUUGCGUUGUGGACAAGCUUUCAGAUGGGUUUUUCAUGAAAAAUUGGGCGAAUACUCGUCAACACUGAGAAUUGAUGGCCAUUAUAAGAUAGUUGUGCUACGGCAAGAGUCUGACGACUUUAUCGAAUAUGCGACCGUCGGAAAAAUCGAGGAUCCCGCUGUACCGGCGUUUUUGCGGCGUUAUUUCCGUUUGGAAGUGGAUUUGGCCAAGCUGUAUAUGGAACAAUGGCUAACACAGGAUCAUCGAUUUGCAGGUAAGAACCCGAAUGGAGUGCGAAUUUUGAGCCAGGACCCCUGGGAAACACUCGUGUCGUACAUUUGCUCGAGCAACAACAACAUCGCCCGCAUCACUAAAAUGUGUCAUGCGCUAUGCACGCAUUUUGGAAACCCAGUGGGCCACUACGAUGGUGUGGACCACUUUUCGUUUCCCACAAGCCGGGAAAUCACACAAAAGGCAUCAGAAGAGACGUUGCGAAAGCUUGGGUUUGGCUAUCGUGCCAAGUUUAUUGUGGCAACGGCCCAAAAAAUGGAAUCUGAUCGUCUCAACAUGUCUGACAGCGAUUAUUUGGAAUCCUGGAAGGACCAUUUGCAAUAUGAACAGGUUCGUGAAAAGAUUAUGAGUUUCAAUGGAGUGGGCCCUAAAGUAGCAGACUGUGUUUGUUUGUCUGGACUGAGAAUGGACGAUGUGGUUCCCGUGGACGUGCACAUCGCGAGAAUUGCUCAACGGGACUACAAGUUCAGUGCUAGAAAGCAGGACAUUGAAGAACUUCAAAAAGAAUACAAAAACUUACCCAUUACACGGAAAAAGGUGAACUAUGAGCUGGAUUCGGCUCGUUGCAUGUUUAAGCAGAAAUGGGGCGAGUUCGCAGGGUGGGCUCAAGGAGUUUUGUUCGCACAGGAAAUAGGUAGAACGACAGGUGUUUCUAGUGAGGGCACAACGCUCACACAAAAGACAAAGCUGGAUUUUGUGGUUCAGGUGAAGGAAGAGAGUGCGUCGCUCAAGAGACGCUUAUCUCAAACGGAAACGGUAAAAGUAAAGCAGGAAGAUACAAUAGUCAAAACGGAGAUAGAAUACUCGGUCACAGGUAGGCCGAAACGGAGAACCACUAGAAAUGUUGAAUACGUGUCUUAG